AUGUUAGAGUCCCCGCAAUCGAUGGAGAUUGAUCCACGACUGCACGCUGGGGGGGAGCACAGCUCUUCGGACACCGCGGAAUCUGUCUCCGAUUAUCCAGAGCAGCACCCUUCUCAGUCCGCGCGUCCGCAGCCCUCCUCGACCGUCGUUCCGAACCCGUACGAGUCACAGAACCCCCUCCAUACCUCCCCGCAUCUCGAUUCCGCCGACCCGAAUGAUCCAUACUCCGAUUUGAAACGGCCACGCGCCUGUGAAGCCUGCCGACAGCUCAAAGUCCGCUGCGAGCCCGACCUCAACAACCCCGAGGACCCGUGCAAGCGGUGCGCCAAAGCUGGGAGGUCAUGCAUCGUCACACAGCCCACGCGGAAGCGACAGAAGAAGACGGAUAGCCGGGUUGCGGAGUUGGAGCGCAAAAUCGAUGCUUUGACGGCGACGCUACAGACUUCGAAGCAGGUUGAUGCCCUUCUGCCGUCGAAUAGUAAUGCGCAACCUACAACUUCGCGAGAUGACCAUGUCGGACGGCGGUGGUUGGUUUCAGGGCAGACUGCGAUGAACCGCUCUCUACCCACGCCGACGAGUCAGGGGAGCAAGCGGAAUUUCAGCGGAGAAAUCAGGGACUCGCGGGAAACCGCCAGCCUUUCGACGCCAUCACAAGCUAGCAACCCCAGCCCGGCCGCGGAGCAAACACACGAUGCCGGUGCCAGACAGUGGCAAACUUCUUCGUUUUCUGCCGCAACACCUGGCAGCAGCAGAGAGACCAACAAGGGUCCUGAUAUCAUAGAGAGAGGUCUUGUAAGCCAUGCGCUCGCCCAGGACUCGUUUACACGCUACGUGGAUCAUAUGGCGGGUCAAAUCCCUCUGGUGGUCUUCCCGCCUGGGACACAAAUGAACGAGAUCCGGAAGGAGAAACCUAUUUUGUUCCAUGCCAUCGUUGCUGUUUCCAUCGGCCGGUUUGAGCCAAGCGCGCAGACUCCGCUACUUCAGGAGCUGUACAAGACCGUUGCGGAACGGGUGAUUGUGAAAGGCGAAAAGUCGCUUGAUCUCGUGCAAGCCCUUAUUGUGUCGUGCUUGUUCUACACUCCACCCGAGAACUUUGAAGAGAUCAAGUUUUAUCAGCUAGCACAACUGGCUGUGGCUGUGGGUAUGGACAUAGGCAUGAAUCGGAAAGCUUCAGGGAAGCUGAAACCGUUCAAUCUUCUCCGUGAAGUGAUCAAGAACUCACCCACUGCGGAUCCUGAUUCUCCAGAGUCGAGACGUACCUGGCUUGGCUGUUAUUUUAUUUCUGUUCAGUAA